AGUCUCUCUACACCAUGUCUCUCAUUAUUUGCUGCCUGGCCAUUGUUCUUGGUGUGUUCGGUAAUGGAAUGGUUAUCUGGGUGACCAGGUUCAAGAUGAAGAAAACAGUUUACACAGUUUGGUUCCUCAACUUUGCUGUGGCUAACUUUCUCUUCACAGCAUCCAUGCCCCUCAGAGUGACAUACGUGGCUUUGAAUUCCACUGGCCUUUCGGCAAGUUUAUGUGCAAACUGAACAGCACAUUAGGCUUUCUGAACAUGUUUUCCAGUGUCUACAUUCUGGUGGUGAUCAGUGUGGACAGAUGUGUGUCUGUGGUGUGGCCCGUCUGGACCCGGAACCACCGAAGUGUACGCAAGGCGUCCUUUGUGAGUCUGGGUGUUUGGGGUCUAGUUCUGAUUCUCAACACUCCAUACUUCAUCUUCAGGGACACUUGGUCAUCACAUCUCCAUAAAGACAUUAUCAACUGCUUCAACAACUUUGCUUUUUCUGAUGACUAUGAAACACCGUCUGUUAAUCAGCUGCGACAGUUUCGUCAUCAGGCCAUGACCAUCACCCGCUUCCUCCUGGGAUUUGUUGUUCCCUUCACUGUCAUUGUCUCCUGUUAUGCUGUGAUAAUCCAUCGUCUCAGAAGAAACCGUACCCUGGCCAGUCAAUCAAGUCGCUCUUAUAAGAUCAUUGCUGCAGUUAUCACCACUUUUUUCCUGUGCUGGGCUCCUUAUCAACUUAUGGCUUUAAUUGAGUUGGUGAGUUUAAUACCUUCUUAUCAAAGUGAAACAUUAGACUAUGUCACCACUAUCGGAUUCCCUAUAACCAACAUCCUGGCCGAUAUCAACAGUUGCUUGAACCCACUGCUGUAUGUGUUCAUUGGCCAAGAUUUCAAGGUUAAAGUCCGCAAAUCCAUCCUGAAGAUUUUGGAGACUGCCUUCCAGGAAGAGGUUUUUGGCUCUCACACUGACACAAAGUCAGUGGACACCAGUCGGAGCACUGGGAAGUCAGCUCUUGGUACUGAAGUUUGAGGCUGUCCAUGACAAGAAGAAACAAAUCCUGAAACUGUGCAAGCAAUUGGCAGCACAGUGG